GAAUGCACGCCACUUACAUGGGGCCACGGAGGCCCAUUGCGUACGACGCUCUGAGCGGCUACAGACACUAUCGAUUUCACUGGGUGCUCGUUCUUGGUGAUCGUCAUAGAAUUCUUUGCGGGUGAAUCCGAACCUUCCGCCGGUAUCCUACAAGAGGUCCCGCUACCCCCGAUGACCCAAUUCAACAUGUUGAAACUGGAAUCUGCAUCAGCCUCAAUAAACGUUGUAGUUUGUUGGUUGUCGGUGCCGAAUCUUGUCAGUGACAACAUCGACGGUAAAGCUGCGUCAACUGCAUCCACAACAGCAUACCAAAAAGCAAACCGAUCAUAAAGCCACUGGGGAUCAAAAACCCUCAUAUGGUUUUUCUCUCCAUCAGCCACAAACCAUCGGAAUAAAUCGAAAUGAAGUUUACAUCUCUUGUGCUCUCCGCUGCACUCGCGGCUACAGCGCCUCUAUCUCGAAGCACUGAUGUUCGACUUGUCACUUACAACAUUCGCCUCGCACCAAACAAGCCCCAAUGGGGUGAGGAAUUAUGGCCCGUUCGUCGUCCACGCUUAACAGCCCAAAUCAACUACGAGACUUCUGGAAGACCUGAAUCCAUUGUGUGCAUGCAAGAAGCAUUGUAUCCGCAAAUCCAAGACAUCCAACAAGAUCUGGGAAGCGAGUGGGACUACUAUGGUAUCGGCCGCAGAGGCGGCCAAAGUGAUGAAUUCUCCCCAAUCUUCUACCGUCCUUCUGUCUGGAAUAUUGAGGACAAGAAAACAUACUGGCUGAGCGACACGCCUGAGAAAGUUGGUUCCAGGGGAUGGGACGCCGCAUUUCCAAGGAUUGUCACCGUCGCGCGCUUUCAACAUGCCGCUACGGGCAAUCGCAUGGUCUACAUGUGUACACAUUUCGACCACAAGGGGAAGAAAGCUCGUGCUAAUUCGGCAAAACUAAUCACUGAUAUUGCUGAGACCUGGUCUAUACUCGACGGUGAGACUAUACCUGUCUUUAUCGGUGGCGACCUCAACUCCUCCCCCAGCGGUGCGGCUUACAAGCAUCUCGCCAAAACCAUGAACGACGUGAAGAGCCUUGUCCCUCAGAGUAAGCGCUAUGGACAUUCGUCGUAUACUUACACUGGAUUUACUACAGUCCCAUGGGACGACAUGUACCUCGAUCACAUUUUCGUGCACGACCCGACCGGUAUCGAAUUCAAGGCCUUUGCGGUGGUUAACUCGCGAUAUGAAGAUGGGGUCUUUAUUUCGGACCAUCGGCCGGUGGUGGUGGACGUACGACUAAACCAGGUCAGUCGCAAGCAACGAAGGACAGGGGAGAAAAAGGACGAAUUCUAGUAGACCAUGAUUUCUUUUGUACAACGGCGUUGGGGAUAAGUUAUGAUAUGAUACCCGUGUGAGAUUGUUUAGAUCUAAAUGGAAAUCACUCUACCAAAC